AUGGCCGACAGGGACUCUGACCGCCCGGAGAGCACCGCGAACGACCCGAUGCAGUCACCGGAGCUGUCCAACGAGUCGAACAGCGAUAGCAGCGAGAGUCGCGCCCGCAAUGGCAACGGGAAUAUCAAAGCCGAGGGCGAGGGCACGCGCGAGGCGGACCCCCCUUCGAAGCCGGCAGCGCCGUCCAAGCCGGGCAUCAUGGCCAAGCUGGGACUCGACGUGCCGACCCUGAGUCUGAUGUUCAAAGGCGCCAUCCCCCCAGUCGUAGCCCUGGCCAUCUGCCAAUCCCACGCCGUCGCCGAACAGUUCACCACCCUCGGAUACCUGGUUGGCAUCAUCAGCGUCCUGUCCAUGUCGAUAAUGCCCCGGGGGAAGUUCAUCCAGACAAUGGUGCUUAAUGUGCUGUUUGCCAGCGUCGGCGCUGCUGUCGCUCUGUUGAUGCUCUGGUCCUCCUUGCAAGCUCGCCUUCAUACCCAGUCCUCGCCGGCCGUUCCCGGCUCUUUGUCCCCGCCGUACAACUCGAGUCAGGCCGCCGUGUCAGCUAUAUGGCUCUUCGCGAAUAUUUGGUUCGUCAACACGUUGCGAGCCAAGUACCCGAGCGUGAAUCUCCCGAGCAUCGUCUACUCCAUCAUGACGAACAUCACAUGCACUUACAGCCCGAUAAUGACGUCCACCGCGUCCUUCGAAAGUCUCGUCAAGAGGCUGUUCACCGCCAUGUUGACGGGCUUUGCCAUCGCCACCAUCUGUUCUCUGUUCAUUCUUCCCAUCUCGAGCCGGGUCGUCACUCAAGGACAGAUGAAAGGGGCCAUCAUGCUGCUCCGGGGCGCGGUCAAGCAAGAGAAAAAAUACCUGCAAAGCUUGGAACGGGAGGAUAUGUUUGCUGUGCCUGGCGAUAUCAGUUGCGGCACUGGGACUGACGGGGAGUCUGCAGAAAGGGCGAACAAAAAAGAGAAAGACUCGGCCCGACCAAACUCUACAGCCGAGGCCGACGCGAUCAAGGAGACCGUGUUCAAGCUGCGUCAAGUCGUGGGGAAGAUAUACGCCGACCUGCCAUUUGCGAAGAGAGAGAUAGCUUGGGGCAAAUUGGAAGGUCGGGAUUUGUCAGCUAUUUUGAACUACCUUCGCGCCAUUGUGAUCCCCGUUGUCGGGAUGAGUACCGUCAUCGAUAUUUUCCAAAGGGUUGCCGAAAAGCGUGGGUGGGUUACCACAGCCGACACGCCCCCUUCACUGAUAGCCGAGAAGAAUGAACAGAAACGAGUCUGGAAUGAAGUGAUGAAACGCCUUCACGAGCCCUUCGAACAGCUCUCAGGGGCCAUAGACGAAGGACUGCAACAUGCUGCAAUGAUGUUGGAGAUUCUUCCAAGACCAAAGGCACAGAAGAAGAGGAACGGCCAGAGUAGUUCGUCCUCGACGGAUGCCGAUGUAGAGUCGAAGGGUAGCCUCGUUCUACCUGGGGAUCCCGGGUUCGCGGAUUCACUCAAAUCGAGAGUGAAAUGCUUUCGCGAUGUCCGGUCCGAGAUCCUUUACACAUGGGCUUGGGAAAAGGGUCUGGCGACAGAGGGAACGCCCCUUGAAAAGGUCGACUCCAUCCCCUUGACGCAAAAGGACGAAAAGCAUAGACAUGAUCAGUCACAGCUUUAUGUCCUCCUCUACAUCGAGACACUCAUGCAAGCAGCCGGCCAGGCGGUCAUUCAAUUCGUGCUGUAUGCAGAUAGCAAAGUUGAGGAUGGGACCAUGAGAAAAAAUCGUCUGAUGGUGCCCAAAUCGAAACUCAUUAAGAAAUGGAUUUCGAGCAUAUUCAGCGAGGAGGACAGGUCGCAAGAGCAGUCUGCCGAUCUCUUUGACACGGGUAUGACCAUCGUGUCUAUGGGUGAUGGCUUCGCAAAGAAGAAGGACCCCGAACACCUACACCCAACCAAUACCUGGCAGCGCAUUGGCAAUAGCCUCCGUGGCAUCUCGGGCUUUCUCUCGUCAGAGGAGUCUUCUUUCGGGUUUCGUGUUGCCUGUGCCACGCUUACUAUUGGUAUCGUGGCUUUUCUUGAAAACACACACACCUUCUUCACACAGCAAAGGCUCGUUUGGGCCAUGAUCAUUAUAGCCAUCGGGAUGACUCAGACAUCUGGGCAGUCCAUAUUUGGUUUCCUCUGUCGAACUAUUGGAACCCUUUUGGCGAUGGUGUUCUCACUAAUCACGUGGUACAUCGUGGACGAGAAGACGCCAGGGAUAUUCAUCUUCCUGUAUCUCUUCUUGGUCUUUGACCACUACUUCCUCUUCAAAUACCCCCAAUUCAUCCCCGCGGUCAUGAUAUGCAUGGUCACUCAAGUGAUGAUCAUUGGCUACGAGCUGCAAGUCCUUGAGAUCGGUGAAGCGGCGGCUGAGUCAACGGGCCAGCCGGUCUAUCCUAUCUAUGAAUUAGCACCCUAUCGACUUGCCUGCGUAGCAGGCGGCUGUCUUGUCGCCUUCAUCUGGACCAUAUUCCCCUGGCCUGUGACAGAGCGCACAUGGCUCCGCCGCGACCUCUCCGCGACGCUGUACCUCCUGGCGACCUACUUCAGCGUGAUCAACGAGACGCUGCGGUCCAAACUGGAGGCCACGGGCGGCAACCCCGACGUCAAGGGCACGCCCGCGCACCGCCUUGCGAAGCACCGCCGCCAGCUCUUCGGCAAGCUGAUGCUGCUGCUGCCCGCGCUGAAGCAGCACGCCGACUUCCAGCGCUGGGAGCCCACCAUCGGCGGCGCCUUCCCGCGGCAGACCUACCAGGACAUCAUCCGGCGCGCCACGCGCAUCAACUCGUACCUCACCCUCCUCGCCUACACGGUCGGCGGCAGCGGUGGGCCGUCGAUGACGCUGACGGGCGAGGACCACAGCGUCUUCACCAACAAGAAGAACAGCCGCGCCUGGAUUGACGCCCUCGCCGAGCUGCUCACCGACAUCUCGCCCACGCAGCACACCAUCAUCAGCACGCUGACCCUCCUCUCCAACGCCCUGCAGUCGGGCCACUCCCUCCCGCCGCACCUGUCCCUGCCCCGCCCCUACGAGCUCACCCGCCAGCUCGAGUCGAUCGAGGCAGCAGCCGCCCGGGACGACUCCCGCUUCGGCUCCGCGGGCACCGACAGCGACGGCGACAGCGACGGGACCACCAAAACCCGCCGCCGCGGGGUGGUGCUCCUGGACGCGCGCAACAUGACGCAGGCGGGCUACGCCGAGUUCGCCGUGCUGCAGGUGUGCAGCACGCUCGUGUGCGACGACCUCGAGGGCCUGGUCGAGAACGUGAGCCAGCUCGUCGGCGUGGUGGAUUUCAGCUACCGCGUACAGCGGGGCGGCGACGCAAGUCAGAGCGACUCGGGGACGGAAAGCGAUGGUGGUGGGAAGGGGAAGGGCAAGGCUGACUAA